GUUCGUAUGCAGCGCAAGCCUGCGCACUUGACUACCACUACUCGACCUACGUCGCCGUCUAGCUGAGUCGGCUGCACGCAGCGCACUGCGUUCGCUGCGAAGCACCCUUCAUGUCGGGAAGCUCUACACCGAAGCUCGUUGCACCCGAGCCACUCAAGAAAGGGUCGUCCAUCUCGUCAUUGCGCUCCGGCGCGCACGAGCGGGUGUCUACGCCACCGGCGUACGCGUCCGAUCCCAAGUAUAAGAAGUACACACAGCAGGUGGAGAGAUGCCUAAACUCUUUCGAUAGUGUACACGAGUGGGCGGACUUCAUUUCGUUUCUCAAGCAGUUGCUGAAGACCUUCGAGGCGUAUCAGCAAUUCAAAGAGAUCCCGCGCAAGCUUGUGGUGGCUAAACGACUGUCGCAAUGCCUGAACCCCGCCUUACCAACAGGAGUCCAUCAACGAGCAUUGGAUGUCUACUCGCACAUAUUUGCUGUCCUCGGGACGGAGGGUCUGCAUCGUGAUCUUGCACUAUGGUCCUCCGGUCUAUUCCCCUUCUUUGAGUAUGCGGCAACCUCUGUCAAGCCCACGCUCCUCAACCUCUUCGAUACAUACUACUUGCCGCUCCAAGAUGGUCUACGCCCUAUCAUGAAAUCCUUCAUCCUGGCCCUUCUUCCCGGCCUCGAGGAAGAAACUGGGGAAUACUUCGACAAAGUGCUGAGCCUGCUGGACCGUCUCUCUGGCAGCGUAUCUCCGUCGUUCUUCUUUCAGAACAUAUGGAUUGUCAUGUUGACAACUCCUUCUGCUCGUGGGACAUCGCUGAACUUCCUCUCUCGUCGACUGCCAAAGCUAAAAGCUGAGGAAGACAUAACGGAUAUUGUUGGUCGCGAUGUCGGCCUCAUGAUUCGUGCCUUUUCGUCUGCUCUCGAAGAUGACGACCUCCUUGUACGACGUGGCGCGUUGGACCUUCUUUUGCAGUCCUUGCGGAUCGACGGCGUUGCGCUCAAACGCGCCCAAGCCGACGAUCGUAUGAUACUGAUGCGCGCUGCAAGCAGUGUAGUACUUCGCCGGGAUCUGUCUUUGAAUCGCCGACUCUAUUCGUGGCUCCUGGGCCCGAGCGAGGAGGGCCAGCAACAAAUGGAAUACCUCAGAACGUACUCACUCCAGUUGCUUAGCCACACUCUCAGGGAAGAGAUGUUCCACCCAUCCUUGGACUACUCACAAGCUCGGCCGUUCAAGAUCUUUAUCUCACUUCUCGAUAAAUGGGAGAUCGGUUCGCCGCUUACUGAGGUACUUAUUUACGAUGCAUUCAAGGCGAUCAGGAGAGCCCUCGAGAGUGGCUCCGAGUCCGGUGAUGAUAUCAGCAUGACAGCUAGCACGUUAUAUGAGGCCGUGGAACCUCAUCUGUUGUGGAAACAGCUGUAUUCCAUCGUCUACUCGGAGAUCACGUCCCAGAGCACCAAAUGUGAGGGAUGUGACAUGGUUGCAUACAUCAUCUCCACGUUUCAUGGUCAAGACGAGGAGAUCGAGACUGUCCAUCUACCUGUUAUUUUCGCCGGUAUUGCAGAACUGCUUGCGAUUUGUAUACAGGAACAACCCCCUCGACUAUCGACAGCCGCGCUCUCCAAGGUUCUGGCAUUACAGCAGGAAAUAUUGCAGCAUAUGUCUCCUGCAAGCCCGCUGAAGUCAAGGCCGCCCGUUUCCAAAGACUUAGAGUCUACCGCGGCUGUGUCUAGUCCGGCAUCCUUCGCCUGUAUCUUCUACGGCAUCCCUGGUGCAUUGUCCACGCCUUCCCGAGCUUCUCCAGCCUUGCCAUUCGCAACUGCGUUCGAGGAUCUAAUCUCCCUUAGUGCAUAUGCGUCACGAACACUUCUGACCGAGGGCGAGCAGUCGGAAGGAAUGCGCGAAGUAUUGGUAGAUGCUCUGGCGCUCGUGGCGGAUGUCGUUUCUCAGCACGGUUCAACACACGCUCGAUCCGUCACGCUGGCUUGGGAGCCUAGUUCGUGGCUUGCGUGCGUGCUGCAGUGUGUGGAACCUAAGGUGACGUCCUUCUUGGUGGUGGAGAGUGUAGUGAGCACUGUUACCGCUCUUCACGAUGCGCAAACACUGCAGCCAUGUCUAUCGAUUGACGAACGCUCCGUCAUUUCCGCUAUGGUCAACGCUCUCCUGCGAUAUUUGCGAUUGCAAUGGGCUGCAUAUCAUGCACGGGCUGUUGGCCUGAUCUGGUCGCUGGAGGGCCUCAGCCGUAAACGGCACGUGGAAGCAGUCAUUGCCCGCAGAAUGACGUCGGAAGACCCCGCCGAAAUCGAGGAAGCCUGCGAGACGUUUGGUGUCUUAUGGAGACUCACAGACGACGAUCUCGUACCCGGGUCUAGGUUGAAGGUGCCGAUGAUGAUCGCUCUUGACACACUGAAGAGCAGUGACCCCGCUUUGCGUCGGAUUGGAGAAACCUGGAUGCGCUGCAGCCUCAAAUCCUACUUACGCGUGCUUGAUCCCAUUCUAUUCGACUUGCUUGACCCCUCCAUUCGACGCUCACCAUCGACAUUGGAGCUCAACGGGAAAGAACUGCAUGGGUUCGCUUAUGAUCUUCCGUUUGACCAACGCUAUAUAAUCCACAUGCUCGAGACACUGCUCUCUGUGAUCAAAUUUGGGGGCCAAGGUUUUAGCAAGACGGCUCGCACUACGCCAGUCGGUCGAUCCCCUCAUGCGGAGCUGCUCAAGCGGUUACAAGAAGCUAGUGCGUCGUCUCAAGAUACAAGUUACAUGGAUGUCCUCUUGUACUUGCUCCUCCGGUUCCUAGAGUCCGAGCCGAAACCUGCUCUCGCCUCAAGGAUGGCCAACUUCAAUGUUGCCCUUCAUAAUAUCUCGAUCGACAUAUUGCAAGCAUUGGUCGCUCGCGGAGAGGUUGAUUUCCCCGCGUUACAGACGAUGGAAUCGGCCGUGAUCAAGAAGCUCUACAUUGGUGUCCACCUCGGCCGCCUGGAUCUCCAGAACAAGCUGCUGCACCUGCUUCAUUCUAUCAUCUCUGCAUCAAUCCCUAGUGGGGGCACAUACCAUGGGAAAGGCAAAUUUUCAGCAAGUCAAUUCACGGACAUGGCUGAAUCGUCAGAGAGGACACCAAGGCCAAGUACAGACUCAUACGGCAUCCAUCCGCUCCUGGCCCAGACGCUGCUGGACGGAGUAUUGGUUGUCACCAACCGGUCGAUCCUGCAGCAUUGGCUCGACUUCAUCCUCAUGACCGUGCCGCAAUUCCAAGAUCCCCUACAAACAUGCAUCGUGCCACUGAGUCAUGGUAUUUGUCGUCAAUUGCAAUCCGCACUAGGUGACAUGCGUCGAGCGUCUGCUGAAGAACAUACAUUCGAUGACUUCGAGGCGAUCACAAGCGAUGCGGACUUUGUUGCCCUGCUAACUUCUUUGGAACGCCUGGUGCUACUCAGCCUCUCCCGAAUAUCGGACACAAGUCCGACGGAGGAGGAACCCACGGCGAGUGAGAAACCAGUACAAGAGUCAUCGGGUCUACUCGGAUACGUAUCGAACGUAUUUAGCUCGGAAACUUCAAACGCUCUGGAUGAAGCCGCACCGACGCGUUCAUCUGACUAUGACAGUCUGCACGAAGCAGUCAGUGUUUUGUAUGCAACGUGGGACAUCCUCAGCGAUCCGGACCGCCAACUGUGGUCUGAUGUGUAUCCAAAGGCAAAGACAAGAUGUCGGAAGGUCUUUGAGCAUCUAUUCCGAGCACAUCCUCCCGAGGUGCUGGAAUUCAUUGUCGAUUGCUGGCGUCGCGACUCCACGGCUGCAACAACUGCCUUUGACGUGGUCGACGUUCUUGCGUCUAGUGCGCAAACCGUCGUGCGAAUGACCUGCGAAAGCAUCGCAGUUCGCACACCUGGUAUGCCCGAUCGGUCAAGGAAACCAGCAGUAGCCACUAGUCUGACGGAUCUUAUGCUCUACGACUUCCUUGAGCAAUACCUGCGACGCCUUGAAGGACCUCUCGUAGUGCAAGUUUGGCCUCGCUUCGUUCAACUCUCUAAAGAUCUUCUAGCAUCGUUGCGGGAGUUCAAGAUGCAAGCAUUCCCUGCAUUCAGAUGUUGCACCGUCCUCGCUGACAAGUUGUCCCAGACAACAGCAUUGGAGGACCGACGGUUACGCAAGGAGCUGCAGGAUUCAUAUACUAAAUUGCUCGAUAUAUGCGUGCUAUCUAGCAAGCCGUAUGAUCAAGGGUCCUGGAUCCGUCGAACAACUCCGAAAGAGAAUCUCACUGUCAAUGGCAGAGAUUCGCCGCUGCCUCGAGUUGCGUCAGACACGAAGUUGGAUGAGAAGAUGAACGCCAGCAACACGUCACUCCCAGAUGCGGUGAAACCUGGCUACGGAACGGACGUUGUCGAACAGAUCAACGACUACAUCGCAUCAAGUGUGCUACCUGACUUGCGAAGACUCCUCGUUGAUAGCGACAGGGUAUUGGCAGCGUGCAACAGCAUCGCCUACAACAUUAUAAACCCGUCGCUCAAGGGAAAGACUCGGCCCUUGGACAUCGACGACAAGGUUCUUUCAAUCUUACAAGAGAUGACCAGGAUCGGGGCAGCAUACAAGGCGUGGAGAGGCGCGGUCACAGACGUGCUGAACGACAACAGAUGCUUCAACUCGUCCCCUCAGGCUGGUGGAAAGUGGAGGAUCAUGGUGAAGGCUCUGUAUGACGUGGACAAAGCGGCCUUGUCGGAUCUCCUGGCGAAGAUCACCACCGCUCCAUCCGCGAACAUCUUCACGAACAGGGAGUACGAGAUGCUUCUGCGAUCAUUGAACCUGCGGCGACUCUCCUACGUCCUGCUCUCCGGAGAGAAGAAUCACUUCCUCACCCAGCUGCCGAGCAUCCAAGAGAAGCUGGUAGAUACGCUUCGCAACGUCUCUGCGCCGGUGGUCCAGUGCGAGGUGUACCUAUGCGUGCGAGUCCUUCUAUGCCGCCUGUCACCGCACAACUUAUCAAGCUUCUGGCCCGUCAUUUUGACUGAGCUGUACGGCCUCUUUGAGAGGGUCAUCACCAGUCUCCCAUCCGAUGGCUCCGAGGAGCUGACGCUGGUGCUCGCUGCCUGCAAACUGCUUGACCUUCUUCUCGUACUGCAGACAGAAGAGUUUCAAAUACACCAGUGGAUCUUCAUCACGGACACGGUGGACGCGAUCUACCGACCGGAGGGCUGGUUCCCGGAAGCGAUCCUGGACCGAUUAGCAGAGGUCACUGGCGACUUGCCCGUCACGGAGAACGCCGCACCGUCAUUGCACGGCGCAACGACGACACCGACAGUCGAGAGCAGACCGAUGCGGCGCCCCAUGCUGCGCUCGCUCCGGCAAAUCGAUAGCAUCCGCGAGCUGGUGCCGUUCUUCUCGCACGCCAGCAUCGCUUCGUAUGAGAGUGUGUACAGUAGCGGGGGCAACGUAGAUUGGGAGGCGGUAGAGGAGGGCUUGCUGGAGGACAUGUUCGAUGGGCGGUAAUAGUAGUGUUCACUCGAUACCAUGUAGCUUAUUACUGUUUCACUGCUUCCGGUAAAUACCUAAUUGCCUGCUCGACGCAACGUGUG